CCAGUGCAUACAUACUGAAUAGGUCAGUCCUCUCAUAACAUGCAUCGAUCGAUCGAUCGAUCCAUUUGGACGGGGUAUCUCUGACUCCGAUCGGUUUGCAUAUAAAUGUCUGGCCUCUUCCUCUUCUUCUUCCUAGCUACCUGCUUGCAUAUGCAUACCAGUACACAAGUUUGUUAGACUCCUCUUGCCUAGCAGGAGCUGUCUUAUCUAUCUCUGUAGGACACUAGGACUACCCUGUACUACGGCAGUACAGCAGGAGAGAUGAGUGCCAGCAGCAGAGCUCAGGUUCCUGUGCUCGUUGUGGCCAUCGUGACAUGGGCAUGCUUCUUCUACCCCUCGUCCCAGACGCCGCUGCAGGUCGGGUACUACAACUCCACCUGCCCGGCCGCCGAGGACCUCAUCCAGACCAUCGUCCACGCCGCCAUCCGCAAGGACGCCGGGAACGGCCCGGGCCUCCUCCGACUCUUCUUCCACGACUGCUUCGUCAGGGGCUGCGACGCGUCGGUGCUGCUGGACGACCCCACGGGCACCCCGGGCAACGCGACGGUCGAGAAGACGUCGCCGCCCAACUUCCCCAGCCUGCGCGGCUUCAGCGUCAUCAACCGCGCCAAGCGCGUCGUCGAGCGGCGCUGCCCCGGGACCGUCUCCUGCGCCGACAUUGUCGCCUUCGCGGCUCGCGACGCCGCCCGCAUCAUGGGCGGGAUCAGGUUCGCCAUGCCGUCCGGACGCCUCGACGGCCGCGUCUCCAAGGCCUCCGAGGCGAUAGCCAACCUGCCCCCGGCCUCCUUCAACCUCACCCAGCUCGUCGCCCGCUUCGCGUCCAAGAACCUCACCGCCGACGAAAUGGUCACGCUCUCGGGCGCGCACUCCAUCGGCCGCUCCCACUGCUCCUCCUUCUCCGGCCGCCUCUACCCGCAGCUCGACGCGUCCCUCAACGCCACGCUCGGGAGGCAGCUCCGGGGCCGGUGCCCCGCCGCCCCGGGCCGGCGCGACCGCGUCGUCGACCUGGACUUCAAGACGCCGCUGCAGCUGGACAACCAGUACUACCGUGACGUGGUCACCCACGAGGUAGUCUUCACGUCGGACCAGGCGCUCAUCGACGGCAACGACACGGCCGCGCUCGUUGGGCUCUACGCCGCCAACCGGACGCUGUGGUCGCAGCGCUUUGCCGCCGCCAUGGUGAAGAUGGGGUUUAUCGAGGUGCUCACCGGACCACCAGGGGAGAUCAGGCUCAAGUGCAACAAGGUCAACUAAUUAGUGCAGUGCCAUUGUUCCAGUCGACCUCGAGGCGCCAUGGAUGGACCGAUCGAUCAGCAUUCAUGUGUACUGAACUGUACAUGAUAUAUAUGAUCACUCCAUUUUGCCUUAUGUAUACUUACCACUUGCUCGCACGGUUAAUUGUUGGAAGCUGUAACAUAAGAGAGAGGGUAGAGUUCGUCGGUGUUCAAGGAUAAUCUAUCGGUUGUUACAAUGCCGAAUACUUCAUUUCCUUCAUUGGUUUAAUGUAAACUGAAGAACAAUAAAAUCAUAUGAC